UUGCGUCGACUUCCGGGCUCAGACACAUCUCUCCCACAAACAGCUAUUUUUAAGGACCUCAAAUAUAAUUAUACACGUCGUACUUCCAAGCCCUCACACUAUUAUGAUCAAUAUCUCUUAUUACACCCUUCCCCUCGUCCAUCUCCAAACUCUUGGGGCUUCCAUCCGAUUUGCUACCCGACGAUUGGGUUUCCGCAACAAUGUUAACCCUCGUCAAGUGCUUGAUGAUAUGGAAAAGUCUGGCAAGGUGAAACCCAAGACUUUGGAAAAGCUCAGAAGGAGGCAAGCAGCCCACGAGAACUGCUUUGAGAAUGAGGCGAUCUUUAUCGGAGCCGUCAUCGCUGGUAACCAGGUAGGGCUUUCGACCAAGUACAUGAACAUCAUGUCCGUGUCAUACUUUCUGCUUCGAUGUAUCUACAUCUGGAUGUACAUUAAUUUUGCAGAUCAAAAGAAAUCGUAUUGGAGGACGAUUGUCUAUUGGACCAGCAACUUUUGCUUCCUCACCACAUUCGUCAAGUGCGGCCUCAAGUUGAACGCUGGCGAUUAGAUAUUGCGCGGACAAUGCAUGAGCUGAAAGUGGUACUUCAUCAUUAUAUGGGCAAGAUCGUUACAUUUCAUCAUAUCAUCAACAAAUUAAUCAGAUCAACGUGGGACAUUACAUUACUACACAAAAACUUAUCGUCGCAUCGUACAAUCAAUGACUUCGCCGUCUUUUGUCGAGCUGAUAAUUUUGUACUUUGGCCGUCGCCUAGCCGGGGAUGAUACUUUUGUUUUCUUUGGGGAUGUUGCUCUUUGUGUAUUAGGAGGUGUAGGCGGGGGAGGCGAUAGGGAGGAUGAUUGGCUAGACCCAGAAAGGAGAGGGUGGCUGAGUAUCGAACUUUCCCGUGGCGAGCGUGAGCUUGGUUUGUUCAAAGGACAGGCAGGAAAUGAGACAGAGGUAGAGCGAGAUGAACGAGAUGAUUGGGUAUUGAUCUUAGUGGAACUAGAAAGAAUACCAGAUGGCGGGGAUGAGAUUUUAGGCGACCUGGCGGCUUGUCUACGAUGAAUGGGCUUCGCUGGAGCUGUAUCCUCUUCACUCGAUGAGCAGAGAUCGAUAACUUCCUGAGCCUGCACCCGGCGUGGUGGGAAGGCAGAUGGCGAGGAUAUAGUCUUUCUGAACGUUCGACUGGAGAACCGUGGGGUGAUAGUGGGAGUUGCCGUGGACUGCUCAGGAGAAGGGGAAGACUUGGAGAGGUCGGUGAUCGUUUUUAAAGGUGAAGUGGAUUUGUGGAUUUUUUUACGAGCACGCCGG